AUGCCAGUGUCCGAUUUACGAGCUCUUGUGAAGCAGGAGCGUCAUGCGUGGAUUACUAUGGAGAACAUUGAGGAGUUCUUGGAAACGUAUGACGAAGUGCGUGAUAAGUGCGUAGUGCAGUUUCGCAUGCAGAAACUUGACGAAGUGUACGACAAGUAUUGUGAAGUGCGAGUACAAAUUGAGGUUCAAACCGACGAUCUGGAUAUACAGGAUGCAGCUAAGGAUGAAUCCGGUGAAAGUAGACCGCAGGACAUGGCUGAGGCUCGGAAGAGGGAAAACGAAGAAAUCUUUAAAGAGUUCGAGAAUAAAUAUUUCAGGCUGAAGCAGCAGUUAUUUUCGAAGACGGUCGGAAACGCUGGAGAUGUGUCAGCACGGCAAACGGUGGUCAAGCGUGUCAACCAUAACGGAUAUUCAUUGAUCCAUGACAACAAUCAGUUGAAUUGCAUUGACAAGUUCAACUAUCUUCGAACGUCAUUGAAGGAUGAAGCUCAACUCCAGAUCAACCAAAUCCAGGUCAGCUCUGCAAACUAUGCCCUUGCUUGGACCACUCUGGAGGCCAAAUACGAGAAUCACAAGCUGAUUGCUCAAGAACACUUGAGAGCCAUUUUCGCGGUUGCUCCGAUGAAGGUGGAAGACUAUCAGGGAUUGAAUCAUCUCCUAACGACAUUUAGGGUCAAUUUGCAGCAGCUGGAGAAGCUAGGAGACAUUACCGACAACUGGGGUACGCUACUCGCGUUCAUGCUUUCCCAGAAGCUUGAUGACGAUACGAUGCGACACUGGGAAACGCACCACAGUUCGAAGGACAUUCCAUCGUACAAGCCUAUGGUGGAGUUCCUGGAAAAACACUGUGCUAUUCUUCAGUCCACGUCAGCGCGAAGGAGCAUCGAGUUCAAGAGGCCGGUUAAGAGUCAAGUGGUUCAUGCUGCAGUGUCAUCUGAUGCGAUUUGCCAAGUCUGCAACGGUGGAUCGCAUUCCAUUGAGCAGUGUAGACGCUUCGGGAAAAUGAAGGUCAUCGAUAGGAAGAUGAUCGUGCGGAAGCUUGGAUUGUGUCUGCAGUGUCUGCGAUCUGGACACUUUGUCAUGGAUUGUUCGAGGUCUGCUUGUGGCAAAUGCGGAGGAAAUCAUCAUUAUAUGCUUCAUCCAUACGUCGCUCCGGUGAGCCAGGAGCAAGCUUCAAGCCAACCCUCCUCCCAAGUCCAAACGAAGAGACCUCAAGUCGCGAACCCACCGUCACAGCACUCAUAUCAGGCCCAAACCCGGAACAAUUCACACAACAACCCACAGCCUACACAAACACCAAGUACAUCUUCGCAGUAUGUACGCUUGAUACCUCCCACCAAUACUCCUACAAUACACCACACUGCUACAACAUCCGAAACACACCAUCAGUCAAGCAUUGCGCUUCUGUCUAUCGCUAUCGUAAAACUUGGUGAUCGUCACGGAAACACCGUAUUUGCGCGCGCUUUGCUGGACAACGGUUCACAGAUCUGUAUUAUGUCCGAGUCGUUGUCUCAGAAGUUGAAGUUCCAGCGAGAUCGAGAAAAUUUGCCUGUGAAAAAAGGUGUGGGUGGUUGUUCGUCUGUCAGCAAGCAAGCAGUGUUAGCUACAAUUUCUUCGUGCAAUUCGUCGUACGUGUCGUGUGAACUGAAGUUCUAUGUGCUGUCGAAGAUUACGUCGAACCUGCCGCAGCAAAGCUUCGAUAUUUCCUCGUGUCAUUUACCGGAGGGAAUUUCUUUGGCGGAUCCAAACUUCAACGAGUCUGGGGCGGUUGACGUGAUUUUGGGUGCGGUUAUCUUCUACGACCUCCUGUUGGACUCACAGCGAAAGCUCCCUGGUUCGGGAUUGAUUCUUCGGAACACACAGCUGGGAUGGAUUGUUGCCGGAAGUAUUCCAGAUGCCUCUGUGGUCAGCUACAACACGGUAGCAUCUGCGCCUGUGACUACGGAAGAACUCCGUGAGGAACUAGCGAGGUUCUGGGAGCUGGAAUCAUGUCGCACGAAGAGCUGUCUGUCCAUCGAGGAGUCUGCAUGCGAAGCUAUUUUUAAGGAGACAACUACCAGAGAUUCAGAUGGCAAAUUUCGAGUAACGCUGCCGAAGAGAAAGAACAUGAUCGAGAAGUUGGGAAAAUCGAAGCUGAUAGCGAAGAAACGUUUCCUGUCAAUGGAGAAACGGUUGGACGCCAACACAGAAAUGAAGGCGCUAUACACAGCUUUCAUGCACGAAUACUUGCAAAUGGGUCACAUGCAAGAAGUCGUAAACGGCAGCGAAGAUGAAGUUUCUACUCAGGAAUAUUAUAUCCCGCACCACCGGAUGGUAUGGCAAAGCGAGCAGGAUCAGCAGCUGCACAAAAUAUUCUGGAGAAAUACGUCCCAGGAGCCAUUGCGGACGUUUAAGCUCACCACUGAGACGUAUGGUACGUCAUCAGCACCCUACCUGGCUACUCGGUGCCUAAACCAGUGUGCCGAAGAAGGAGCGGAUCGCUAUCCCGUUGGAUCUAGGGUGGUCAAACGGAGCUUCUAUGUGGAUGACAUGCUAGCAGGAUCGAAUACAAUCGAAGAAGGCAUUCUACUGUGCAAGGAAGUUCUGGAGCUUCUGAAGGGGUCAGGAUUCAACCUGAGAAAGUGGAAUUCCAACAAUUCGCAGAUUUUGAGAACGAUUCCUUCCCAUCUGAGAGACGAUCGUGAACUUCUGGACUUGGACGAGAAGACAACUGUCAAGACGCUGGGCAUUACCUGGGAGCCAGCUACCGACACGCUAUGGAUCAAAGUUCCUGAUUUGAGGCCAAGUGGGCCAAUCACGCACCGUGUGGUGCUAUCAGAGAUAGCUCGUUUGUUUGAUCCAUAUGGGUUAGUUGGUCCGGUGGUGGUCCAGGGGAAAAUAUUCCUUCAAGAGUUGUGGAAGGGAAAAUACUCGUGGGAUGAGCCACUCAGCGAAGAACUUCAGUCACGAUGGUUGGAGUUCAAAACCAAUCUUCGAGAGUUGGACACGGUAUCUGUUCCUCGGUGGAUCGGUUUAGGUAAAGAUAUUAUCUCGUGCGAGUUCCAUGGAUUCAGCGAUGCAAGCGAUAAGGCGUACGGUGCAGCGGUUUAUUUGCGCUGUAUGGACCGAAACGGAAAUAUUACCGUCAACCUGCUGAUGGCAAAAUCUAAGAUUGCGCCAUUGGAGGAUCUCAGCAGAAGAAAGAAAAGGCAGUCCACGCCCAGGCUGGAGCUAUCUGCAGCGCUACUGUUGGCGCACUUGUACGAAUAUGUCUCAACCAGUAUGGCGAUUGAAGCGAAGUCAUUCUUCUGGAUUGAUUCUACAAUUGUCAAAUGCUGGAUUUCCUCACACCCGUCAAGCUGGCAAGCUUUCGUGGCCAACCGUGUAUCGGAGAUACAGCACACCACAAAGGAUGGUGCUUGGAACCAUGCUCCUGGGUCGAGAAUCCUGCGGAUAUGA